AUGUCUGGUGAGGGCCCAUCACGGUUCAAAUCCCGAUUCUCAAUCCUGUCCCUCUUACCCGCUCGUCAUCCCCCCCUUCAAGUAUCUGAACCUCUGCCUCCGGUCCCUAUUCGACCGCUCGAUACUUUCGCCUCUGCUUCUACCUCCUCACCAGCGACCUCUCACAUUCAACCUCGGAUCAAGACUCGCCAUGUCGAUGCUGUGAAACGUCCUGCACUCGUCUCGAAAUCCUCCUCCAUCUAUAGUCCCGCAAAAUCCGAGUAUCCCGAACCGUCAGACGGAUCACCACCUCUUUUACCUCCUCUGCCAUACGCUUCCCAACCCCCAAAACGUCCGUAUCGACCUAAGGACAGAAACCCGCCAUUGUCUGAGCAUUCUUCAUCGUCCUUGACGAAUGUCUUGGGUUCGAAGCCUGGUGCAUCCUCCUCGCCUCAUCGUCGACCACCGCCUCUUGAUCUCAGCAAGACUCGUCAAGCGUACCCUCGCGUAGGCGAUGUCAUAGCUACAACCGAUACAGUUGAACCCGAACAGGAGCAUGGACAUCUUAGACAUACUCCCUCAAGGCGGGCCGGUUGGUUCCGUCUCUCGCCUCAUGAAAAGCCUCCGAGCCCGGCCAAAUCAAAAACUCCAAAGUCUAAGCGGAAGCCCGUCAAGGAGGAGAAGCUCGAUCCAUUCGACGUCUGUGAAGUAGAGCCUGGCCACCAGUACCCCUCAUGGCGAGAAGGCAGAGUUUCCAUCCAUCCUGGUGAGGUUGUACCUCGCGGUGUGUUGCAGAACAUCACUCCGACAAUCCGAGCCGAGAAGACCUCGAGUUUCCAUCUGCAACCGCCACCAGCCGGGCGACAUCGAGGCGAUGAGAGUCCAGGCGAGGCAUACGACUCAGUCUUGCACAAUGUUCUCCUCACUCCCACCUACCUUGGCCCUUCACCCACCUCUCUCCACGACUCGCAUCGGAUGAACCGACGAAAGACUCUGCUCGACCGCGUUGGUGAUGUGGUCAGGAAUCAAAGCCACAAAUGGGUCGGCAAAUCUACCCUUUGGACCCAAAAUGAGGGCUCUGCAGAUCGAGUCGUACGUGAGAUGCGCGAGAGAGAGAUGAGGGACAUGGACAGGUUCAGAAUGGCCACUCGAGGCAUUUCAUUACAUUCGGAAGAACACCUGGUGCCGCCUCGACAGGUCGUAUACGCUUCCGAGGUGCCUAGCCGAAGUACAGACUACAUGUACCCGAGGCGAUCGCCAGGUAAAGAGGAGUGGAGUCUGGGCAACAAGCGCAAGUACAGGUCACACGACGGAUCUCGAGCGUGGUGUUGUCUGCGUCGAAAAGAGAAGAAGGACGAGCAAAAGAAGAACAAGAAGAGCAAGAGAUAUAAGUGCCUGAUGAUACUUGUGAUCGUAAUCCUCGCUGCGCUCACCAUUGGACUCUGUACCGCUCUUUUGACUCAAUCCGGCGCAGAUAACUCGUCUCACAACUCGUCAUCGGAUAAGAAUGAUCCAACUAUUCCAGCUAAUACAACUUCGCCGACUACCUCAAAAAGCCUGGCAACGUGUCUGGACCUCUUCAUGAGCUCUGCGCCCGGCUCUCCCGGUACAUACCCAUGUUCCGACUGCGUCCCGCUCUUAACGUCGGCGACGAAUGACUUUGAGUCAGACCUGAUAGGCGGCAAUUCUACGGGCGUGGGAGCAACUUUGCAAUUCUGUGCAUUGAUGGAUAUCCUUCAUGAGGCUCAAGGACCUCUGAGCGGUUUGGGUUGGGGCAAAGAUGCGAGCCCUUGUGCUUGGAACGGCGUGUCUUGCGACUCCAGAGGGAGAGUGGUCAGCAUAGGGCUCAAGUAUCCCAACGUCCCAAACUUGCUGCCGAGGACUCUGGAGAACAUAGUCUCGCUGUCAUCCCUCAGCAUCAUUGGCAAUAAUUCCGUACCGAGCGGCGAUUUCUACUCCGACAUCCUGGCACUGCAGAAUCUGACGAGCAUCAACUUACAGUACACUGGUCUUCGGGGUGAUCUUUCGACUGCGGACUUUCGACAGGCCACACGACUUUCCACAUUGUCCUUGAUCAAUAAUGCCAAUCUAGCUCCGAAGAUGCCAGAUCUGGAGAAGAAUUCGGCGCUGAAGACUUUCGUUAUGACCGGGCAGGGACUCGGCGUUUUGAGCGAGAACAAUCUGCCUAGCUCGUUGAAGUAUCUGGACCUGUCAUACAAUGCUUUCGGCGGCCAAGUCCCCAACUUCUCAUCUCUGACAUCUCUGACCACCCUGUUCUUGUCGAACAACAACUUCACCUCUCCUCCAACAUCACUGCCUUCUACCCUGUCAUCGCUGCAACUCACUUCGAAUGCCGCUUUGACAGGUUCCAUGCCUCUCUCUCUCUGCUCGAGCCCAGCGCUGUCGGACUGCGAUCUGAGAGGCACAAACUUACAGAGAAGUUCCAUCGUUCCGCGGCUUUCGGCCUCCUCGACCACGGGUACGAGCAGUGUUUCAAGGAGCAGCGCGAGCGUCAACCCGAGUCCGAUCCCUUCCCUUACAUCGUGUGGAACUUGCAGGCUAUAG